CCAAUUCCUUUCCCCUUUGGCGCUCUCUCCUUUCUCCUAUUCUCUCUACUUCUCCUACCGUACUUGAAUCACGUUUCCCCUAGACAAUUAGAUCUAAAAGAGAUAGCAAAGUCAUUGGAUUAUGAAGAUUAAGGCGAGUAAGUGGAUAGUUGGUGAUGGGAAAAAGCUCGAAGAACCAUUUAAAGCACUCAUUGCUGCAAGGUACAGUGGUGUGGAUGUCAAACUGGUUGAGAAUUCUAAGUUAGGUGUAUCAAACAAAGCUCCUAAUUUCUAAAGAUGAACCCUAUUGGAAAGGUAUUUGUCUCAGUUAGAGAUGUUGCAAAACAACAAUAUUUAGUCAUAAUUCCAUUGAUUGUUGUGGUGAGAAUAAUUCUCCCUCCCUCCCCCUAGUCCUUUGUAGUCCUUUGAUGAUUUUCAUCAAAACUAAUGAGAUUUAUUCGGUUUGUUACAAUUACCAGCUUGAAGGUUGACAUUCCUUUUUAUGGUUCUACUUUAAUUGAUUAUAUAAGACCUUUUAUCAUCCUAAUAUCUUUUUAAUUCUUGUAUUCAAAAGAUGUUUGAGUAAAUUUUGUUGUGUUACACAAUUUUUAUUAUGAUAUAUUUUCUUCAUUUUUUAGGACCACUUUGAGCAAUGGAUUAAUUUUGCAUCAAUAAAGAUUGAUCCUAAUAUUUCAAAAUGUUUUUAUCCCAAUAAGGGAUAUGGUGUUUUCCUUGCUUCUGUAGUUAUUUUUACAGCUCUUGAAAUUCUUUUAUAAGCGAUUUUCACAUUCUUUUUUUUUUAUUUUUUUUGGGUUGCAAAGGAAAUGUUGGAUAUGGGAUUUUCAACUUAGGCGGUUGGGACUUGUUAAUUGUUUUUUUUUUAAUCUUUUAUUUUGAUUUUGUUAUCAUAGACCAUAAUGCUUGAUGCAUAAUUAUUGUAUAUGGUUGAAAUUGUUUAAUAAGUGUUUCCUUAUUUUGACAUUUAGAAUGUUUUGCAACACAAAUUAGGAAAGAAGAUAAUAAAGGAAACUUAGAUGUUGGCCAUUGUUUAGGAAGAAGUAUUGGGCAUUUCUCUUUCAAAGGUAUGUUUAUGUAAUACCUAGUGUUAUCCAUUUCAUGGAACUUAUAAUGGCUAUUGAUUUCAACCUAUAAAUUUAUUUAGUUAAUGGGAAAACUAUCCUUGCUUUCUAAUUUGGCUUGGAAAGUAUUAAUUUGGCAAAUUUCAAAAGUUAUCAUUGAUAUGAUUGAGUCUAAAUACAUGACUAAACAAAACAAUGAUUG